AUGGUCCUAGACUGGGUUUCCGCUAGCCACGAAGUGAUCUCCAUGAUCAAACCCCGCUCUAUUGUUGCUCCGCAACGUUCUACAUAUGUUCAAGACCCGUCAAAGGGCUUUAUCUCGGUCUCAAAUCCUUUCACAGAAUGGGCUACAGUUGAGAUGCUACGAUCAAAGAAAUGGACGGCAACGGAUCAAUACGAUAAGGAGGCGGAACUGAAUCGUGUGGCAAGAGAAUUGGCAAAGAUUAUGGCGAUGCUUAUAGGGGCCUUGAGGGAGCAACCCUUGCUCCCAGAACCUGAAAUUGAAAAAAAGUUUCAUAAGUGUGCCAUAUUGCCGUCAGGCAUUCGGAGGCGGCUGUUCAGUGCUUGUCAGCACCUGGCCGAUAACUGGAGCUCGGAGAUAGACUACCAUGAUUUCAUGGAGCCGUUGAAGGAUCAGAUUCGACUUGGGGAUCAAUUUGAUGAUGUAGACUGGGAGCUAUUAGGACGCAAGAAUUCUCAAAAGACGACAAGAGCAAUCGAGCAGAAGCGAAGCAACGAUGGAAGCGGGAAUGACAGUGGAAGCGGUAGCGACAGUCGUGAUGGAACAGUCAUGGAAAAUAGCAGACGGAAACUUCUGUUUCCAAGGAAGCGAGAAGGAUCCAGUACAAGAGGUUGA